CCGAAUCAGUUGUAGGAUCGACAACAGAGUCUGUGAUAUCGUUCAAGAUGGUAGACGAGCAUGAGCAUAUUACCGCCGACGAUGACUCGGCUCUCGGUGUGAAUCUUGAAGAAGAGUCAUCAUUGGCGUCUCUGAGAACAAGCAUCCUGGAACACAAGGAGGAGAACGGUCGGACCUACCAUUCCAUGAGUGAGGGGAAGUACAAUUUUCCCAACGACGAUCAAGAGAAUGAGCGCCUCGAUCUGCAACACCACAUCUGGAAAAUCCAGUUCGAUGGAAAGCCAGCCCUUAACCCCGGAGCCGAAAAUGCAAAGAGAGUCCUUGAUAUCGGCACCGGUACGGGAAUGUGGGCACUUGACUUUGCCGACGCCCAUCCCGCUGCCGAGGUAAUUGGCGUUGAUCUCAGCCCUGUUCAACCUCAUUGGGUUCCCCCCAACUGCCGAUUUGAGAUCGAUGACUUGGAAAAGGACUGGACUUGGUCACAGCCCUUCGACUUUAUUCUGUGCAGAGGCAUGUCGGGUUGUUUUGCCGACGUUCCAGCUCUUAUCCAGAAGGCUUAUGACAAUUUGACUCCUGGAGGAUACUUCGAAGUUGGUGAUCUGUCCCUCCCAAUGGGCUGCGAUGAUGGCACCGUAUCCAGGGACUCGGCUAUCUGGAAGUGGCAUGAUGCUCUCUAUGAAGCAUCUAAGAAGAUCGGCCGCACUAUUCAGAGUGUCGCCCACGAUACCACGGUCCUUGAGAAGGCCGGCUUCGUCGACAUUGUGCACCGCGAGUUUAAGUGGCCUUUUAAUAGUUGGGCUCUCGACCCUAAGCUCAAGGAGAUUGGUCGCUGGCAAUGUGUGAACCUCGACAUGGGCCUCGAAGCUUUCUCGCUGGCGCUGUUGACGCGUGUUGCGGGUUGGUCCAAGGAGGAGGUCCUGGCGUCUUGCGCCGAGGUGCGCAAGGAUAUCCGUAAUCGUAGGAUGCAUGGGUAUUGGACCCUCCAUGUUGUCUACGCCAGGAAGCCCGAGUAGGCGUACAUCGACGACGGCGAUGUACUGUAUGCCGCCACCAUUUAUUCACAGCCAGCGUUUAUUUCACCGACUUAUGAUGAAACGGCCUUGCGAGACAUUUGAACUGAACAUGUGUUUGGACAUUUGCAUGGUGGCGAGGCGAUGGUAACGACAGGCAAUUGAGUGGCAUGCCGCCAUUUAGUCCUGCAUUUCCCUUUAAUCCCGACUGUUUUUCCCCUCCGAGAAUGACUUUAACGAAUUGAACGAAUAUUUGACACUAUU